UUCACAUCCAAACUCAAUGGCUGCUGCUUCUUCUACUUGUGUUUCAUCAACCAUUCUUCAUCGUCUUAAUAACAACACAUCAUCAUUAUUAUUAUCAUCCACAACAACAUCGCGUCAUCGCUCAUCUUCUCUAUCCCUCUAUUCGCGUAACACUUCAUCCAUCGUCCAAUUUUCCUCGAAAGGUUUGGCGAAACCGUCGAUUGAGAAGAAGAAAUCGCCGGUUCAAACAGAAGCUGUGAAGCAGUUGACCGGUAUUGUAACGAAAGCCGAGGGUUUUCGAUUUGCCAUUGUUGUCGCAAGGUUCAAUGAGAUUGUCACAAGGCCUUUGAUGGAGGGUGCUUUGGACACUUUCAAGAAAUAUUCAGUGAGUGAAGAAGACAUUGAUGUCUUUUGGGUUCCUGGUACUUUUGAGAUUGGGUUGCUUGCUCAAAAGCUUGGACAAUCAGGGAAAUACCAUGGAAUUGUUUGUAUUGGAGCUGUGAUAAGAGGUGAUACUACUCACUAUGAUGCUGUUGCUAAUACAACUGCAUCUGGAGUCCUUUCAGCUGGCCUUAAUUCAGGUGUUCCUUGCAUAUUUGGAGUCUUGACUUGUGAAGACAUGGAUCAGGCUUUGAAUCGUGCUGGUGGUAAAGUUGGGAACAAGGGCUCUGAGGCUGCUUUGACUGCUAUUGAAAUGGCGUCUAUUUUUGAGCAUCAUCUGAAGGCGUAAUCGCUGCGAAAUGGUCUAAUCAUGCAAUAGGAACAUGAGCCUGUUAUUUAAACUACUUCAUCCUUUUUUUGUUCUUUUUUGUUUGUAAUUUGCAUGAAAAAUCACAAAAAUGAAGAAAAAUAUUGUCUUGUGGUUUUGUUGAGUACAUGAAAGAUUUCAACAUAAUAAUGGUGAGAAUCAAGUGAAAAAACUUGAGAAUGGAUGUUGAUUUAAGCAA